UGCAUAACACAAGUAAAACGCCACCACCUUAUUCGUUUCUUCAUCAGUCAGCACAUCUCAUGAUGGUCAAAUACCACCAUUGCCUUCUAGUUGGCCUCAUCUUCAGUUUGACCCUGGGUUCUACAUUGAGUGAAGAGACCUCGCCCUCAACGGAUGUGGCAAAAACCAAAUCCACCGCUGUCAAAGCCGAAAAAAGUGAGGACUUUGACUUCUCGUGGCAAAAGUUGUUGACCCUUGGUUUCAAGAUCGCUCUGGCCUACUUCACAUCACCCGCGGGGGGAUUGGACAAGUCCGACAAUUUUCCAUCUCAGGCAAUCAUGGGAACUGUCAUCAGUGCAGUGACAGACAUCAAGGAUCCACAAGAAAUCGCAGUCAUGGCCAAACAAGCUUCUGAGGUCUUUGGAUUGUUGGAAAGCUUUCUCCGUGCUCUCCAAACCUCUUUUAGCUAGGGCAUAUUCUUCAUGUUGAAGAUUAGCAAAAAAACCAAUUUUCGUUAUGUUUGGUGGAGUCUGCAAUAAAUCCAUCUCCUUGUCAACAUA